GUGUACUAAUGCCCUGAAGAACCUGUGUGGUUCUGGUGGCUCUCUUAGAGGUGAACACUGGCACCGAAUUAAUAGCAAGCUCAGUUUUGUACUUGGGCCUGUAGGGAAUGAGCAUGAAGAGACAGAAGAGCAGACAGAUAAAAUACAGAAUUUGAACGAAGACAAUGAGAAGAACAGCCACUUAAUCUACGAGAAUGCUGAAGACAGUAACAAAACCAAUGCUGAAACUACAGACACUUCAGGAUACAACAUUGAAGCCAGGGGCUUGCCUGAUUCUUGGGACUCCCAUGUUGGAAAAACGGCAGACUCUCCCUCAGAAGCAUCUCAGACCAAGGGGCAAUUAAGAACUCACUUGUAUGAAUGGGAGGAUGAACCUGAAGACACGAGAACUGGAGAGUAUAUAUUAGAUUUUAACAACGAGCAUGUCUCAGAGGUGAAGAGCAAGGAUGAGGAGUGUGAUAAAGAAGAUACUGAAAACCCAAAGGAAGCCAUUAGUGAAGAACUUGUGCAAACUAUUCCCAGGCCAAGCAACUGUAGGACAUACUGUCGAUCCAACAAAGCAAAACAGCAGGGCGCAACAAAUUUUGACAAGCUCAUGGAUGGCACUAGUCAGUCUUUAUCCAAAGCAAACAGCGAGUCAAAUAAUGAUGGUCUGAACCCAGCAAGAAAAGUUUCUUUAAGUAGUGGGACCAGUUUUAGAGGAACGGUUGGACGGACUAGAGACUACACUGUUCUACAUCCCUCUUGCUUGUCAGUUUGUAAUGUUACUAUACAGGACACCAUGGAGCGAAUUGAUGAAUUUACCACAGCAGCCCCUACUGACUUGGGAGAAGCUGGGCGCUUAAGGAAAAAAGCAGACAUUGCUACUACAAAAACUACAACGAGAUUUCGACCGAGCAAUACCAAAUCCAAAAAGGAUGUAAAAUUAGAGUUUUUUGGGUUUGAUGAUCAAGAUGAGGGAGGAGGAGAUGAAGGCGCCUCUAGAAGUUCUGGGAGUUCCAAUUACAAAAUCAAGUACUUUGGGUUUGAUGACUUGAGCGAAAGUGAGGAUGAAGAUGAAGAGUGGCAGGUGGCAGAAAGGAAAGCCAACAAAAAACGAAGUAGGGCUGCACCAUCUUCCUCGCUACAGUCAACCUCUGAUGGCAAUGAAAACUGUUCCCAGGACAGCCAGCUCAAUACUAAUGCAG